AUAAUCAGCACCAUGGAAACCCAGGUGUCCAACGGUCCGAGCGGAACCAGCCUGCCUAACGGGCCAGUGAUCAGCACCAACGGUGCCACAGAUGACAGCAAGACCAACCUGAUCGUCAACUACCUGCCUCAGAACAUGACCCAGGAGGAAUUCAAGAGCCUGUUCGGUAGCAUCGGAGAGAUUGAAUCCUGCAAACUGGUCCGAGACAAGAUUACAGGUAUUCAUGAUGCUUCAGCAGGUACAGUUGAUGAAUAGACAGACAAACAAAAUCUAUUUCUAGUUGGAGGAUAACAAAUAAUCACAUACUGUAUAUGUACCUGUAGGUACAGUUAUUUUGGUGCAAAAACAGUUUCUAAAGGACCAUUAUCGAUAUCUGUUUUUAACGAUUUAGGCCAGAGUUUGGGCUAUGGGUUCGUAAAUUAUGUGGAUCCCAAUGACGCAGACAAGGCCAUCAACACACUCAACGGUCUCAAACUACAGACCAAAACAAUUAAGGUAAGAGCACCUCUCCUUCCUGCUUUUCAACCUGCACCACUCUCCAUCUUCUCUGCUUCAAUACGCUGCGGAAGACCAGCAGAAAGGCAGGGAGCAACUAAAAGAAAGGGAGGUGGAGAGAGAGGCAGAGAGAGGCAGACGUGACAAGAGGGGAAGGAGGAAAAAAUGGAGGAGGGAGAGGCAGGGAGGGGUCGCAGGGACAAAGGAAGUGAGCAGAAGAAGAAAAGAGAGAGGGAGAGGAGGAGAGGGAGAGGAGGAGAGGGAGAGGAGGAGAGAGGGAGAGUGGAGGUCAGAAAGCAAGGGGCUAGCAGCAUGCAUAGGUGAUUGUGAUGGAAAUGUAAUCAGGGAGUCUCACUGUGGGGCACGGGGGUCAGUCCAGGCUCCCCCAUCUGCCUCCAAUCUGGCCUAAUUAGGGGGCUUCUUUGUCCCCAAUAUGGAUGGGGGGAGGAGAUGUAGGGAGGAGCGGGAGGGGGAGGAGGAGGAGGAGGAGGAGAGGGGGGCAGAUUAAACACUACUCCAUCCGUCCCUCCGCCCCCUCCUCCCACCUGAUCAAAGUAGAUCAAAGAUUGGGAUAAAGUGCAGGCUUAGUUAAAAUCGGACUUCUGAAAGACUGGGGCAUAGAGAGUCAACAGCAUCAGGAGCUGGGUUGGGCUGUUGGAGUUAUACAGACAGGUGGUAAAUCAUAUUGUUAAUCAUUUGUACAAUAUGUUUUAGUUACAUUACUGUACAAAUACACAUAUAUUGUAUUUAGGGGGCAAUAUUAACAUUAUUCCUAGUGUUACUAAUAUAAUACCAAUAUAAUUGGGCCAAUAUAAAUUACAGAAAAUGUAUACAUUUAUUUAUGUUGUUGUUAAUGUUGUUAUUACAAUUGUUAAAAUUAAAGAUGUUGAUAUUAUCAGAAGGGCUAUUUUGAAAAUCAAUGAAUUUUAUACAGCCAUAAAACAAUGACCAAGCAAAUGUAAUAUUUCCACAAAAGAGGGAUGGAGGGCCGUGGCAGGAGGAGUAAAGGGUAGGGGGUAGCUUGGGGAGCAGAAUGCCAAUGACAGGAUUAGGGGCCAUAUGGGUUACAGGCACCAUCUGUACUGUGGGAGAGACAGGGAGAGGGUUAAUUAUAGGGUAGCCUCCGCUACCCCCAUUCCCUCCUUUAGCACCCCCCCCAAUCACUGCAUCACACACCCUGUCCACACACACUAUACACGAUACUGGAGUCCUACACACUCACUGCACCAUUUAGAAUGAGUACAACCUUAUACUCUGGGUCAAAUACAUCCAUAGGCUAUGUAUUGUGCAAGGAUAAUACUCAAUAUUGUCUGUAUAUCUCAAUCUAAAUGUUCACUCUCACUAGAAAUGUCCCAUAUUUAUAUCUAAAACACAUUCAUUCAAGUUACACUGUACUUGUAUAUGUGAGUAUGUGUUUAUAUAAUAAGGAGUGAAUGUUUUAGUGAGUUGACAGUCAGGGAUGCUGUCUUGUGAUCUAUUUAUAUUGUUUGCUGGUUGCCAGUGGAGCUGUUCUCCCUCCAGGCUAGAAACAAAGGAAAGAGGUAGGAGAGGGAGGGGAAAUCAGCCUAUCUCUGGCAACACUCGCUCCCUCUCCCUCCAUCCGAAAACAAACAACAGACCACUCACAACAAUGCACAGACUCUCACUAUCUAUCAUGCUCUCUCACUGGCUUUCAUACACGCCAACACAUGAAUAUGUAGACAUUUUCAUAAUCAAUCUAAGUCACACUAUAGUCUCACCAUAGAAUACUAAUGUCAACUUUGCACAAUGGUGGACACAAUCAGUCACAAAGCAUUUAAAAAAAACAGUUACACACAUUGACAAAAAAGAAGAGUAAAAUGAAUAUUCAUGCAUUGCUAGGAGUAACUACUAUAUGAUUUUAUGUGCAGUAAAGAUAUGGGAAAACUUUGAUAUGAUAAUAAUGUGUUGAUAUCAGUGUUAAAUCAGUGAUAUGUGUUAAAAUUAGUGUUUCUUUGAUGUGCUGUAGGUAUCGUACGCCCGGCCCAGCUCAGCAUCUAUCCGUGAUGCCAACCUGUAUGUGAGCGGCCUGCCUAAGACCAUGACCCAGAAGGACAUGGAGCAGCUGUUCUCCCAGUACGGACGCAUCAUCACCUCCCGCAUCCUAGUGGACCAGGUUACAGGUACAGCCUUAACUCACUUCUGGCACAACCCUACUCGAACCUACCAUUACCCUACUCUAACAUACCCCCGACCUACCCUAACUUACCCCUAACCCUACUCUAAAGUUCCCUGACCUACCCUAACUUACCCUAACCCUACUCUAACGUACCCCUGACCUACCCUAAACCUACUAUAAUGUACCCCUGACCUACCCUAACCCUACUCUAACGUACCCCUGACCUACCCUAAUUACCCUAACCUACUCUAACAUACCCCUGACCUACCCUAGCUUACCCUUACCAACUCUAACCUACCUCCCCCUAACCAACUUUAACCCUACUCUAACCUUGCCCAUCUCAUUGGACCAAGUCAGAGUCAUGACUCACCCUGCCUCACCUCCUUCUCACCACUCAGGUGCUAACAUUAGCUUGCUUUCUGACCCCGGAGCAGGUAUAUCGCGAGGAGUGGGCUUCAUCCGGUUUGACAAGCGGAACGAGGCGGAGGAGGCUAUCAAGGGCCUGAAUGGCCAGAAGCCCCUGGGCGCAGCCGAACCCAUCACGGUGAAGUUCGCCAACAACCCCAGCCAGAAGACAGGCCAGGCCCUGCUCACCCAGCUGUACCAGACCGCUGCCCGCCGCUACACUGGCCCACUGCACCACCAGACCCAGCGCUUCAGGUACUGCCCCCACCACCACCCAAUCCCUGCUCUGACCUGUCUGUCAUCUGACCCGACACACCUGUCCUGCUGGAACGAGCACUACGGCGCUCGCUCAUUCUAUCUUCCUCUCUCUCUUUUUUCUUGACUUUCUUUUAAACUGCAGCCUCAUCCCUCCAUUUGGAAAGGGACCAGAUCCAAAUAACAGCACAAAACCAAUGUAAGAGACCCCCAAUUUAUCAAAGCACAAAUCAAAUGAAAGCAAAGCAAAGUGCUCCAAACCAGUCAAAUAACAUAGUAUCUAAUAAACAAGAUGAAGAAAUUACAUUUAAAUGAAUCAGACAAUGCAGAUCUCCAACACACACACACACACACACUUAUCUGCACACUAACAAACUGAUUUGCAUAGUGCGUUGCUGUGGUUCGCUAGGGCUAGGCCGUGAGUGGCUCUGUGAUGGGUUGCUGUUGGGAUAGACAGACAGACGGCUCCUCUACAGUACAGUGAAGGGGAAGGGCGCCCUCUGGAGGCAAGCUGGUGGAGGAGCAGGAGCUGCAUGUUAAAAGGCCUUCCUCCUCUCAGACCUCACCACUAACGUCUCCACCCCCUUCAUCUCUCCCUCUUGCGUUGCAGACUCGACAAUUUACUAAACGCCAGCUACGGAGUCAAGAGGUAAAUGCCAAAGGUGUACUUUGUAAAAUAACAAAAUAUACUAAAAAAAAAAUACAUCCAUGCCUAAGAACAAAACUCAAACAAAGUGACCGGAAUACCACCUGCUGCCUUCACCUUGAAAUGAGAGAUUAUGAAAAUAUUCCCUAAUUCCCUAUUCACACUGCCCAUUAAACUGAGUAGUUAUGUAACAACCAGUCCAGACAGUAUAACACAUCUAAAUAUGCUAAGCAGGGUAUUCUGGCAUGGCUUUGUUUAUAAUAUUUUGGUUCUUUCUUUUGGUUUGAUUACGUAGUGGAACUGAUGUGUGUCUAUUUCUUUAUGAACUAACAUUAUCAGUUUCGGUUUUGCUUUAAUGUCCCUUUUUUUCCACCAGCAUGGACAUACCAGAUUGCGUUUGCGUCUUCUUCUUCUGUUUGCUCCAAUUUUCCUAUGAUUUGAUUUGGAUUUGCUUUCAUCCCUCUCUAGGUUUCUGUGUUUUGUUCAAUAUUGUGAUUUCUGUUGAACAUUGUGAUUUCUGUGUCUAAUUUUUGCAGAGGCUUUGGUCAGCAGAGACUAUGACUAAAAUAUGCAGAGUAUGGGUGUUUGUGUGUCAUAGAAGCACACAGUGUGUUGUUUUGUGUGGAAGCAGGUAGUCUGGAACUACUGUGGUGCCCUGCCCACACAUAUAUUUAUGUAUCUACUCACUGCAGAAAAAGUGGGGAUGGAGAUCGAUUGGGUCUCCAGACAGACUCCAUGCCCCUCCGACUACAAAGCCUUCAGCGCAUAUCAUAGCUACAAACAUGGCCAGCUGAUUGCUGCGUGGAACUUCAGAAUGACACCCAAUGUAGUUCUCCCUCUCUCCUUCCUAGGUUCUCCCCCAUCACCAUCGACAGCAUGACCAGCCUGGCGGGAGUCAACCUGAACCGGGCCCACCGGAGCCGGCUGGUGUAUCUUCGUCUACAACCUAUCGCCCGAAGGCUGACGAAAGCGUCCUGUGGCAGCUGUUCGGGCCCUUCGGCGCCGUCACAAAUGUCAAGGUCAUCCGUGACUUCACCACCAACAAAUGUAAGGGCUUCGGCUUCGUCACCAUGACCAACUACGAUGAGGCAGCCAUGGCCAUCGCUAGUCUCAACGGUUACCGCCUGGGAGACCGCGUGCUGCAGGUCUCCUUCAAGACCAGCAAGCAACACAAGGCCUGA